AUGACCGUCGAGCAGCCAAAACACGCAACCUACGACAUUUGUAUUGUGGUAAUAGUCCCUGAUCGAUCCGUUGAUCUCGUCAAAGCCGUCACCUUGUCGCGAUCACGAGAAGCCAACGGUUCGUCCGAUACUGUCACUCCUUUAGUUUCUCAAUUAGACGAACGCCUGUAUCGUGGCAGAGGCCAGACCGACUCCAGUCCGCUCUUUCGGACCGUCUCCGACACGCGAAGCAACACGGCAGACUCGCCUGAUCCUCCGCCCUUCUCGUCCCUUUACUUUCCAUUCACACCUUCCAACGGGGAACACUACAAAGACACAUCGCCAGACGUUACCUGCGAGACUCUUCCAGCUUUCGCCGCGGUUGCGCCUACGCAUACGCACGAACCAUCGUCUUCCGCAGCGACAUCUGUACUUGCGGAAACAAAGGCAGCCCUACCGCGAGAUACAAAAGAGAAAGAAGGCUCUAGCAAUAAAGAGCUCGACGACGGUGAACCCCCUCCUCCAUAUAGCGAAGGGUCGAGUCCGCUUGACUCAUUCACCUACGUAAUGGCGACCGCUGGAGGCCCUCAGAGCCUUAUAACGCAAGUGUCGCAAGGCGGUGGACCACCGAUCAAUACACUAGGAGGAGCAUCCGACGAGAACAUUACCCUAGAUCUCCGCGGCACCAAGUUUACUCUCUCAAGAGAUGAGCUGCUCACCUUGCCAGAGUUCGUUCUGCUCUCGCUGUUUCCAAAUGGCCUCCUUCCAGAUGGCCAGAUGAACUCUUAUAACCACGAAGGCGACGUCUAUCCAGUCGAUUAUGACCCGAAUUCUCUCCAGUACAUGCUCGAAUUUUUCCGGCACGUUGCACAAACAAUUCCCGCCUCUCCUCCAUCCCCAUCGGCCGUUACCGGACCAGAUCAUCCCACCGAGGCGGUGCCCAUCGAGCCUAUGCAUGGAUCCGCGCGUGACAUGCUACAGGAUCGUGCUGGCAUAAUCGUUCUUAGGGAGGACUUGGACUUUUAUGCGAUUCCGCCGCGACCCGACAUCGAUCCGACUGAGAUGAUUGCGGUAAAGCGAGCUGCUGGUCGAGCUUUGCAACAGCAAGAUGGUAUCUUCUCAGGGCUGCGCAAAAGUGAAGAGCCGGGGACCACCGAGCAACAUCUGAUUGAGAUGCUGACAGCAGGUGGCUUUAAUCACGAUGAUAGCUGGGGCCAUCGUGCGGGAGAACCAAAUAAAGCGGUCAUCUGCAGUAUCGCAUUGGCUAGGCUUCGCACUGAUAUCAAAGGCAACGAGCUCCAGAAUAGUAACGUCGUCGGUAUGGCUCAAAAGCUUCUCCUCUUCUGGCGCAAGCCAGCUCGUAGGUGCUGGUGGGAAGGUGUCGAGCUCGAAAAUGUCGACGGCGUUCAAGGUAAGCUAAAGUUAUGGAUCCGACGCGUAUGGACUUUAGAAAUGAGCGUCAUUGGACUUCGUUAA